AUGGGGCCAGACAUCGAGAAGGACCAGCGGGUCCAACAAGUCCGCACCGACAGCCAAGACGAACCCGAGCGUGAAAAUCCCUCCAUCAACCUAGUCCACAAAUCACGCUACGAAAAAUGGGCCGAGAACAUCAGCGGUCUGGAAGUCCGCGGCAUCGAACCGAUUCCCCUCGAAGAGCGCCGAAAGCCCACCACGUGGGCAGCAUUGGAGAUGCUAGUCAUGUGGUUCAGCAUGGGCAUGGCCAUAAACAAUAUUACCGCGGGGUCUAUGGGGACACUUGUAAUGAAGUUGAGUUAUAAAGAUGCGGUGAUUUGUGCGAUUUGUGGAAAUCUUUUGGGGAAUGUGGCUGUUGGGUAUAUGAGUACUUGGGGCCCGCGGAGUGGGAAUCGGACUCUUAUUGUCGCACGCUACUUUAUGGGAUACUAUCCUAGCAAGGUGUGCUGUGCGCUCAAUAUCUUGACGAAUCUCGGAUACGGCAUGAUGAACUGCGUGGUCGGAGGCCAACUGCUCUCCAAGGUAUCAGGAGGGCACGUUUCCGUCAUCGUCGGCAUUAUCAUUGUCGCUCUUGCAAGCUGGAUCAUGGCCACCUUCGGAAUGAGUGUGUUUCAGUUCUAUGAGAGAAUCGCAUGGCUACCCCAACUUAUGGUGCUCUGCAUCAUGGCGGGAACAGCAUGGCCCCAAUUUGAUUUCGACACCGCGUCAAUCGGAUCCCCAGAGCGCGUCAACGCAAAGCGCCUAUCCUUCUUCUCACUCUGCUUCUCUGUCAGCCUAGCAUGGGUCCCUAUCGCCGCGGAUUACUACGUAUACUACCCACCCGACAUUAAGCGCUGGAAGACAUGGACCGUGACCGUAAUUGGAUGCUUCUCCAUGAUGAUCACGAUCCUUAUGGGCGUUGGUCUCGGGACGGGUGUCGCGCAUAAUCCACAAUGGGCAGCGAUCUAUGAUGGUACGCCGGGAGGACUGCUAAUGGCUGCUUAUAACCGGCUUGGGGCGUUUGGGAGCUUCUGUGCUAUUGUCAAUAUGGUGGGCGUGGUUUCGAAUAAUGCGCCUGGGUCGUACUCGAUGUCGAUGAAUUUUCAGAUGUUGGGGAACUUCUGGCAGAGGAUUCCGAGGCCUGUGUUUACGAUUCUCACUACCGUCAUCUAUGCGGGCUGUGCUAUCGGUGGGCGGAACUCGUUGUACCAGAUCUUUGGGAACUUCUUACCACUGAUUGGGUAUUGGGUUAUUAUCUGGCUCAUGAUUGUGAUCGAGCAAGACGUGCUCUUCAACCGAGGUAAGGAUUACGACUGGUCCAUCUGGAAUAAUCGGAGGAAACUACCUGUUGGAAUCGCAGCUGGUAUAUCGUUUCUGGUUGGCUGGGCCGGGGCAAUUGUUGGCAUGGACCAAGCGUACUACACCGGACCAGUCGCAAAAGCCAUUACUGGUGGCUGUGAGCUGGGUAUUUGGCUUGGUGCAGGCUUUACGAUUCUUGCCUAUCCUCCGUUGAGAAUGUUGGAGGUGCGGUUUUGCGACCGCUGA